CCCAAUUCGUGGUUGGACAUUCCGCAUAUCCUCUCUUUCUCUCUCUCUAGCGAUCUCGCGAUCUCUUUUCUCUCUAGAUUUUGGAGCACUCGGAUAUGGAGUACAGGACAUUGGAGAUCAAUGUAAUCUCUGCAAAAGACCUCAAGGACGUCAACCUUAUCUCCAAGAUGGACGUCUACGUCGUCGUUUCUAUCAACGGCGACUCUCGUUCCAAGCAGAAAACCCCCGUCGACAGAGACGGCGGCACGAACCCCACCUGGAACUUCCCAAUGAAGUUCACCGUCGACGAAUCCGCCGCUCAGCAGAACCGCCUCACUCUGUCCUUCAAGCUCCGCUGCGAGCGCACUCUCGGCGACAAAGACAUCGGCGAAGUCAACGUCCCUAUCAAAGAACUUCUCGACCCAGCCGGCGAAUCCAAACCCAUUCAGUUCGUCAGUUAUCAGGUCAGAAAACCUUCCGGAAAGCCCAAAGGCGAGCUGAAUUUGUCCUACAAGUUUGGCGAAAAAUCCAUGUCCCAGUCGGCGACGAAGGCUCAAGAGCCCGUUAUGGCUUACCCUCCGGCCGCAUCGGUGGUGCCCAAGGCCGAUGAGCCGGUCACGGCAUAUCCUGCCGGCGUAGCGGCCUCCAGUUCGGCCUACCCGCCGGUUGGGGGGUAUCCUCCGCCACCGGCUGGAUAUGGGUAUCCGCCACAGCAGCCCCCUCCGCCUGGGUAUGGAUAUCCACCACCUCCGGCGCCGGCGGGAUAUGGGUAUCCACCACCACAGGCGGGAUACGGAUAUCCACCGCAGCAAGGGUACGGGUACCAGCCGGCGGUGCAAAAGCCGGCAAAGAAGAGCAAGUUUGGACUAGGGAUGGGGGCAGGGCUGUUGGGAGGAGUGGUUGGUGGGCUUUUGAUCGGUGAUUUGGUUUCCGAUGCAGCUGGUGGUGGCUUCGACCCCGGAUUCGAUGACGGUGGAUUUGGUGACUUUUGAUCUCUGGGCUCAGGUUUUUCACUUUGGUUCUUGCAUCAUCUCCUUUUUCUUUUGUUACUACCUGUUUGGAUGUCGAGAAAAUUUACCUAUGUUCUAUUACAAUCAUAUUAAUUUGUAUGAAAAAAAAAAAAAUAGUAAUGUGUAGGGUUUCUUCUCAAAAAUAAAAUGUAUCCAUGAUAUUGUCCCAUCAUUUGGAUCUCUAGUAUACUUUCUCAGAGAAAUGAUAGAUUUUCCGGCCAACUCCUCCUCAA